AUGAACGGCACUGUCAUACAUCCUGGUGAUAAAGUAACGGUUACUCUCACUUUUAACGACGAAAAAGAUCUAAAAAACAACAAUUUGCCCAACAAAAAUGAAAAGCAGAUUCAACGGAGCAAAACAUUACCCGAAGGAUCAAAACAGAGAGAACAGGAAAACCACAAGACUAAGGAUGGAAAACAACUUCAACGACCAACACUAACCUCGCGAAGAAGCAGCUCAUUGCUGAGUUUGAACAUAGAGGGACUCUUGAUUGUUCCAGAGUUGGAAAAGAGACUUAGAAGAAACUCGUACGGUGGCGUUUCAGCCAACGAAGCACAGAAGGCAGCUGAGAAGGAAACGGCUGUUGACCCUUCAGACGGAAUGCUCACUACCUCGCUUUGUUCAACUGAGCUUUGA